AUGUCAAGAUUAUCUUAUUCUCAAUUGGAAUUUGAACUCGAGCAAGGUACGGGUGACCAACAGCUCAAGCGUAUUCAGGCAAAGUAUGGAAUAGCCGCGAAAAGGCAACUUUUGAAUAGAGUUGCAAAACUUGAAACUGCGCAUGCAAUUGGCAAAUCAAGUGCAGAAUUAGAUGCGCGAAGGACCGUGUUCAGACUUUCGCAUGAUCAAUUGGCGGGUAUGAUAUCGCAAGGUGCAAAAUGGGCUGAAAUUGGCCGUGAAGCUGGCGUCAGGUCCACCUAUGCUCAAGCGGUCUGGGCUUCUAUACAGGAUAAUUAUCCGGGAAUUAAAUAUGCACAUGGAAAAGGUCGUGGUAGGAAUGGUCAUCCAGUCACCGAUCAAGAUAAAAACUCGGUUCUUCUAUUCAGACAAGGUCAUAUAACGCGUGCACAAGCGUAUGAAAGUUUAACUGCAUGUGGGAGAACUAGAGGUGGAGCUAAACAGAUACUCAACAAGUAUUCACACAGUAAUCUCGAUAAUUUAACUGUGACGACACAAAGACCGCGUGCGCAGUCUAACGCAUCCAUUAGCUCAAUUGAGACAAGCUACGAUCAACAGCGAAGAGUAUUAACACCACCACUGUCAUUGUCAUCUAGCAACGGUUCAUCAUUGGAUGGCUCGCCUGAAUCUGGAAAUGAGGCAAAUACGGCGAUUACGGGAAGUACACCAAAAUCACCAGUUACGCCAAUUUCGCUGCCAAUAUCAUCAUUGCUACAGCCAGAAGGACAAGAGGGAGAGGAUGAAGAGCCACCAAAGUUACGAUCAGAUAGAACAGGAUUGGGAUUGAGAUUAAGUGAAGGAUACGGCUACUACUAUACCAACAAGUUACCACCAAUAUCAGUGAAUAGGAUGUCUAAUAAGUCUGGUGCUGCCUGGAGAUCACACUUCUCUUACAACCGCUUCGUUACUGUAGCUGCACGCGCUGUUCGUAACUCUCUCAACGAGAAAGAAAGAUCUAUCGCUGCUCGUCGUGGUGAAACCGCUCUCAGAUACACCGAAUACGAGAAUGGCGCUCCUUCUGGCUUCAAACCAGUCACUGAGGAAUCAAAGUAG